GUGAUAUCGCGCUGAUGGUCUGUCACAUUAUUUCUCACUGACACCGUCUGAGCGCAAGAGCACCACGGCAAAAGAUCCGCUUAAAAACACUUCAUAACACACAGCUGUGGUGUUUUCAUCUGCAAGUGUUUUUCCGGCGUGGAAUCGGAGAGGAGGAAGAGAGAGAGAGAGGUGGGAUAACAUAAGCCGGAAGGAAAUGCCAAUCGCCGCUACUGGUCAUUCAGCGUCUCAAGAGCCCCGCGUCUGUUCCCCGGAUCCCGUCCCUAAGCGCGCUGAUUUAUGCGAGGACGCAGGGGCUCGGGAAGCGGAAUACGUGGGUCUGGAGGGGGGCCACAGCCUGGGCGGCGCUAGACUCUUCGGAGCGUUUGAGAGUUCUUCCGCGGCUUCUCAUUCCCCUCCCGCGUCCUCUUUCCACCACCACCACCAUCCGGUGACUAUGGAGCCCCCCAGGACUCGAUCGCGUUCACGGUCUGGAUUUUACCAUGCUGGAUUUUCUAACGCGAACGCCAGCGGGGGUGGUGCUCUGAGUCCCGCUGGAGGAGUAAGCCACCAUCAUUACCACCACCAACAGCAGCAGCAACUCGGAGCUGCUUACGGACACACGGAAAACCUGCGGCCGCCCGGGAGCAUGCUCUCCCCGGGAAGCCACAGACACGCUGGGCCUGGAACGCACAGAAACACCGGAGCAGGUGCAAUGGGAGGAGUAUACCACUAUAAAUCAGAGCAUGCUUAUGCAGAUGCCACUGACAAGACGGAGGACUCUCCCAGUCCAAAGAGACAGCGGCUUUCCCAGCAGUCUGUACUGGAGUUUACCUCGGCCCAACCUUCCACACCCUCGCCACCAAUCAGACCAUGGGAGCUUCCACCCAGUCGCAGGCCACACCCCUAUCCCCACCCACACUACCACCCAGAACGUUGCAACACACCUGCACGGCACAGACGCAGUCCUCCAGUGCGGCGUCAGCGUGGCCGACGGGAGCGUUUAUCUCGACACCACCCUCCUCAUGUUUCCCCGGGUGUGGGGCAGGAUGAAAACUACCGGCACCCUCCUCACCCACUUUCUCUUCUUGCCUACGGUCAGCCACCAUCUCACCCUCCACCCGGCCUUGAUGAGCCCCGGGCCUUUCACCCCCCUACACUCUCGCCACGGUUAUUACAUCCUCCGCAGCAAGGCGCCAUGGUGAUGGACCUCCAUGAACAGCUCCCUCAGGGUACUGUGCCGGUAUCAUACACUGUAUCUCCAGUGCCACCCCAUGGUCUGCCCGCUCCCCUCUGCACGGGACAGCAUCUCCCAGCAUGCUCCUCUCAGCAGCAGGUGCCUCCCUGUUCUGUGGUCUUCAGUGGACAGCAACACUAUCCAAUCUGUAGCGUACCGCCUCCAUUGUCUUUCCUGCAGAUGUUGCCGGCGUGUUCGGUGCAGCAUUUGCCUGUGCCGUUCGCGUUUCCCUCUCUUCUCUCAAGUGAUCCACCAUUCCUGCUUCAUCCUCCUCAUCUCUCACAUCAUCCGCCCCACCUCCCCCCACCUGGACAGUUCUUACCCUUCCAGACACAACAAUCUCGAUCUCCGCUGCAGAGGAUAGAGAAUGAGGUGGAGUUGUUGGGGGAUCACCUCUCUGUAGGUGGAGGGUUUAACUACCCUCACUCGGGGCAUCCCAGCCCUCUGCCCCAUUCCACCCCAUUGCAGUUCCUCUCCCAUGAACCCCUGCACCAGGAGCUCUUCGGAGUGCCAUAUCCCCACUUCAUGCCUCGAAGAAUUACAGGCCGACGCUUUCGCUCUCAGCAGGCAGUACCUCCACCUCCUUACCACCCAAGUCUGCUGCCCUACUUCCUAUCUGUUCUUCCAGUCCAGCCAACAGCAGUAGGUCCAGCCAUUAGCUUGGAGCUCGAUGUUGAUGAUGGAGAGGUUGAGAAUUACGAGGCUUUGUUAAACCUUGCUGAGCGUCUUGGAGAAGCAAAGCCUAGAGGUUUGACCAAAGCCGAUAUCGAACAGCUGCCUUCCUACAGAUUCAACCCCAGCAACCAUCAGUCUGAGCAGACUCUGUGCGUGGUGUGCAUGUGUGAUUUUGAGACUCGUCAGCUGUUGAGAGUACUGCCCUGUAAUCAUGAAUUCCAUGCCAAGUGUGUCGACAAAUGGCUCAAGGGAAACCGAACCUGUCCUAUUUGCCGAGCAGAUGCCUCUGAAGUCCAACGGGAUUCGGAGUGACACCAUUCACAGAACACACACACACAUACAUGCACACCACCGUACACUUCUCUUUCUUUGUUACAUUUAAAUUAACUUCCACGUGCAUAAUUACUACUCACGCACAAAUACUGCUGCAAAUGAUUCGGAAUUUUAUGCAUCAAAAUAAUUUAUUUCAUAUUCAUCUAUAGAAAAAACACACGUGUCUUUUUGGUUGUUUGAUCACUAAUUCUCUUUGAGUGGAAGUCCAAAGAUUCUGGUUCAUAUUAUCUUUCUUUUUUUUACGUGUGUGUGUGUGCGUGUGUGUGUGUGUGUGUGUGUGUGUGUGUGUGUGAUACAUUGUAUGUAUGUGUGUGUAUACAUACAUACAUGCAUAUUGUUUAGUUCUCUUUGAGGGUGGUCUUGUGCGAUUGAGUGAGUGCACUAACAUUCCCAGCUAUGUGAGCACACUUUUAUGUGGUGGUCUUUACGAAGGUUAAUGUUGUGAGCAUGGGCUUUUAUAUUUUCCCAACAAAUUUAGCUAUAUAUAAAUAUGUAUGUAUGUAUGUAUGUAUGUAUCAAUUUAGAGGGACAAAUGACCAUUCAUAAUUUUUUUUUAAAUGGGGGGAAAAAAAAUGUUUUUUGUUUUUCCACAAAUGAAAAAGGAUGGCAAAAGAUUAAAAUUGUAUCUAUACACGAAGAGGAGCUUUUGGGUGGGUCUUUCUCAAUUAUGAUUUAGCAGUCUUUAGAGAAUUGGAAUACUGUGAGGUGUGUCUGCUUUUGUGUGAAAGAGAGUGUGUGUAUUAGAAAAUCAAUUGUGUUAUUUAUGUCUUAUGUGUGGUACAGAACACUGGCUUUCCACUCUCACUUUUAUUCCCGUCUGUGAUUGCCUGAGGAUGCGCACUGACAUGGCGUGUGAUUGGUUUGGAGGAGCAGUGGAAUGUUCUUAUUAAAUGUGCUGUUUUCUAAGGUUGUUUUUUUCCCCCCCUCUCCAUCCACUCCGUUUAUCCUGCUGCAACCUUUAUUCUUCAGUUUUCUUAUGCUACUUAUCGUGUUUCCCAAGCUUUUUGCCAUUUGCAAAAAUUAAUCAUAAGAGUUUUGAAUAGUUUUUCUUGUUUAUUAGUUGAAUGAAUCUGAAUUCUAAAUUCAUAGCCAAAUCUUGCAGAUUGUAGCCACUGACUGUGCAAACAAAGCAGAAAAUGAAUAAAGAUUUGGGAUUAAACUAUCACUACUUUGCUUAUUAAACACUUGGGGCACUAUAGCAUCAUUUAUUAUUAUCAGGUGGCUUUCUAGACACCGAUUAAUGCACGCUCUUAGCCUUAAUUCAUGCAUUUUUUUAAGGGUUGUGGGGAGUGUGCACACAUGCCUGUUUAAAGUAGACUUACAUGAGGUUACAUUGUAGCAUUUCUGUUUCUUUCAAAAAGGAAGCACACAGAUUUUGCUGGGCAAAAGGGAGGGCAAAACACAGACACCGCUGAAGAGAACGCUUGUAGAAUUGUGAUGCAUUAAGUACCUUUUGUUUUGCAUGUCAAUGCAUCCCUUGGCCUUUUAGCAAAUGGUUUACAUCUCUUUUCCUUUUAACUGUUGUUUUGCUCUCUCACUGCCCUCUCUAUACAGUUAUCUUUUCAAAAACGGCCCUCCAGCACACUCACUCUCAUAACCUCCAUAAGGCUGUUAUAACCAUUCAUGGCUAUGCGUGUACUUUAGUGUGUGUGUGUGUGUGUGUGUGUGUGUGUGUGUGUGUGUGUGUGUGUGUGUGUGUGUGUGUGUGUGUGUGUGAUAUUAUGCCAUGCAUUGUUAACAUUAUGAAUGGAUAUAACUGCCUCUGUCACACUAUGUAGGCUCUAUGACUGGUGUAGAACAUGUUCGUCUCAGAGCCUGCAUUGUUUUAAUGAGAGAUGCCUUUAAACCAUUCUCCAGUGUUGUCCGCUUUAGUGUCAUAAGUCGAUGACGAUCUCAGAAUUUUGACUUCAUCUCUUUGCAAACAAAUGUGCAUUACCUUACCUAACAAUUGUCAUUUCGUGUUAUAAGAUUUUUAUUUUUCCCUGCUUGGUACAAUAGCAGUUACCUCAGUUUUACUAUUAGUUUUUUCCCUGUUCUUUUGCGAAACCAAUAAGAGAGCUUAUGAAUUAUCCGGCUUUUGUUAAUUGGUUGUUUUAAUUCUACCAUUAAAAAUACAAUUGUAUCAUUUAACUUGUUGUAGUUUCGUAUGUAUAAUAUCUGUAACCAAAAUCAUUUUAAGGCUUUACAUACAUUUUUUUUUUUUUUAACAGACAUUUGUAAAAAAAUGUUAUGAGCGAUAAUCCUAGAAAUGCAAAUGUUUUUUUUUUUUUUCACUUUGUCUUUGACCCCUAUUCACAGUCUAUUGGAUUUCAAAGGGUGGCUCAGUAAUAAAUGUAUAAUGUUCUCUUCCACAUCUUGAUCCUUUCUGUUCUUCACUUUUUCCAUUCUUAUCUCUUUAUCUCUGUUAUCCACAUUCACAUGUUCAGGUCUUACUGAUGUAUUAACUUGGGUCAUAGCCAUAGGGAUGUAUCUGGCAGCUAAAUUAAACAUUGUUUAUAGAUCACAAUAUGUUACCUCACUAUACUGUAUUGCUAUUCUAACUCAAAACAAUACAGUUUAAGUUAACAAUUUUCCUACAUUAAUAAUUGGGGGGAAAGAAACCAUCACUUGUUUUACUUCUAACAAUGUCUGUAUCCUCCGGACAGCUAGAUUGUAAGGGGUUUUGUUCCACCCUGUUUUUAGACACUGUUGUGCCUAUGGACACUCAAUUAAUGUUGCCAUGGCCCUUACUUAAUUGAAUUUUCAAGAAGAAUUAAUUUUAUUCAGAAGAAGUCCAUUCAGACAUAAUUUAAUUGGAUUAGGUGAAAUCAGUGUACUAGAGUAGUUUUAACUCCAUUUUAAUAGGUUUGUUUAAAUUAAAUGUGGAAAUGUUUAACUUACGAAUGUUAUGUUGGUCCAACUUGAUUUAUUUUAUUAAUCGUUAGGAUAUGCCAGGUGAACAAGUGUAAGGAGUGACAUUUUUGCACAGUCAAUUUGCCAAAACUCCAACAUAACUCUUUUUUUAAAAAAUACCAAUAUAACAGAACAUAGCCAUUAACAAAACUCUUAUUCUCGUCUUUCUCAAAAAUCCAUAAAAUAACACUUAAUUUCAACACCCCAUCUAGUCCCAUACAAAGCACACUGAGGAAAUCCCCAUGCUACAAAAAGUAUUAAUGUAGUCCAAACUCAAAUAUAUCAAGUUGUGACAAAAUGUUCUAAAAUUGUGUUGCAUUUAUAUUAAACUGGUGUUUUUUGAGAGCGAGAAAGCAGAGUUGAGCACUUAUUUCCAAAGCACCGAAAAUCCAAUGAAGGUGAAUGAGAAACCAGUGAAUAGCAAUAUAAUUUAUCACCAGGACCUAUCUGAUCCCACCCCUAAUAAAUAAACAUCGUUCUGUUAAUGCUGAAAGACAUCCAGACAAAAGUAGAUAAUUGCAGUGGCAGCUAGAUUGGCUGAUAGCAUUUACUAACAUGUGGAGGCUGUGGUUGGUGUACCAAUUGCUUCUCAACAGGCAAGGCUUUACAUUAACACUUGUCCAAGACAAGUGUGUUCUAAAAGAUUCCGACAACUGAAAUGUCAAAAUGUUCACUUGCAUAUAAAGUUGGAUUAUAGAUUAGUGAUGAAAGCACAAACAACAUUAAUGAGUAGGUGCAUGUAAAGGUACAACUAUGACCACUCAUCAAUUUGUAAAGCAAGCUUAAUCAUUCGUUGGAGUUAGUCCAUUCCUUAAUGAAAAACUCAGUCACAUUGAGUAUGCUUUGAAUUGUUGAACAAACUAUAAUAUCUUUUAAUCUCAUUUGAAAGUUUGUAUCAACAAAUGUUUUUGCAAUGCACAUUUGACCAAAGAAAAUAUUUUCAGAUUUAUAUUUUUCAUGCAAUAGUACAAAUUAGGUACGCAUUGUGUUCAUGGACUAAGGGGCAUUUGGGGAGUCUUUCACA